AUGACGGGGUUAACCUACGCGCUCAGCAUUCAUGCUGCCUUCAACUUCAAGACCUGCCCUUGUUUGGGCCUGCAGCGGGGCCCGGUCAACGACCCGAACCUCAACGGCAACCACCCGGCGCUGCUGGCGGCGCUGCGCUGCAACGGCGACCUCCAAGUGCCUUAUCGGUUCCCCGUGACGAAGGAGACCCGCGACGACGCGCUCUGCCAGGAGGAGACCUGCGUCGGCGACGGCGACGUCAAGCUGCUCGUCCGAGAAGCGCAGAGGACCCAGGCCGCCCAAGCUGGCUACGGCUGCGACUACAUGAACAAGCGGCUGCCCAUCGCCGUGCAAGAGCUCAAGGAGGUGGCCAAGCGGCUGACCACGGACUGCUACGCCCGCGGCGUCUGCCGCGGCGCGGUGGAGUGCGCCAAUCUAACCACGCGCCAGGCGGCGGCCGCCGACGAAGCUUGGCCGGCUCAGCCGCGACAGCUGCGGACAGACUCGCGGCCGGCGGCUCAGCGAGGGCGCGUGGUCUCCUGCCCGUUCUGGACCUUCUACGGGGCACGGGGGCGAGCAGCCGAAGUCCGUGAGCUCUGCGCCUUUGAGUUCGCGCGCCACUUCCUCUUCAAGCUGGCCAAGCGGCCCUUUGUGCUGGAGCAGCUGAGCGAGCGGCGCGACGAAGGUUUUCACGCCUCGCUGACGCGGGCUGGGGCGGCGAAGCUUGGCGCAAACCCCAAGGCCGUCUUGCUGCCCGGGGCGGACUACGAGAUCCACAAGGAAGGCGGGGAAGACUGGCUGCCGCUAGGGCCCCUCGUCCCGGUUGUCCAGGGCGCGCUCGGCGGCUCGGAGGAGGACUACGCGAAGCGGGUGCUGCUGCUCUUCCGCCGCUUCCCGACCGAAGAGGUCAAGCAGUUUGCGCUGAACUUUUGCUUCGUCUACUGCCUGCCGCGGGAGCUCCGGCCGGAACAGCACUUGCAAGAGAACAGCAACAACGAGGUCCAGGACGAGGGCGUGCGCUUCGACAAGGCGGACUUGGAGGCGGCUCGGGCCACGCACGUCCGCGGCGCGGGCGGGCUGGGCUCCGAAAACUUUGGCGAACAAGACAGCGAGCAGGAGGACGAGGCCGCGGCGACGCGGCUGUGCGUCAUGACCAAGCAGAUGUUCGACUUGCCCCGGGCCGCGUGGAGGAAGAGCGGGGCCGACGCCUCGCCCGGCCAAGGCGCGCCAGCGCAAAACGAGCAGCUCGACCACAACGCGCUCGCCUGGGCCG